AUGCACUUUCACCUCAUCCCAGCCCUCCUCUCCAUCACCACCACCCUCCUCUUUACUUCUCUCGUCCGCGCCGACAACGACCUCGACUCUGACGAUGUCCCCGACCGGUGCUGGUCCGUCUGCGGUCCCGUCGUAGGCAUAACCCAGGGCUGCGACCACCGGUACAACGACAACGACCGCGCCGAGCUCAACUGCAUCUGCAACUGGGUCGAGGCACCUACUCUUCUGCCAUUGUGCGAGGCCUGCAUUGCCAAUUAUCGCAGAGAGCAUGACCAUGACGAUGACCAUGAUGCGCAUGAUAAUGACGCCUACGACAUUCUCACCUCCUGCUCUCUGUCCACGACAACCUGGAACGCAGCGGCCGCUACUUCUGCCCUUCAGUCUGUGAACAGCACGAGUGCUACUGCUACCGCUACUGGCUCUGGUGCCGGGGCUACUGGUACUGGCUCUGCGGCUUCGACCGGUGGUUCUGCUGCUGCUGCCUCUUCUACUGGUGGUGUUAAUGGAGCUGCUGGGGUGAGCGUUCCCGGGCUCUCAUCUGUGGCGGUGAUGUUGGCCAUGGGUAUGGGGUACUUGGGUGUGGUUUGA